AACGUUCAGCAAAACAUUCUGUUUCGGCUCACCAGUGACAUUUUCUUUACCAAAUACAUAUUUUGUAUUAUUUGUUAUUGCUCAUUGUUUAUUAUUAACCAUCUUGGUUUAUUACUCUUAUUUUGUUUAUCGUGUCCGGUGUGUGACGUCAUUCCUGGCGACAGUAACUACAACAUCCCGAGUCCGCUUUUGCAGCUUGCGCAUCAGAAACAACUAAUAUAUAAUAUACCCAGAGAAGGAGAAACGUAUACCUGUAUGCAUAUCUGUGAUGUUUAUUACUGUUUAACCCCGCGUUGCCUUGCCAAUUGAGCUUGUUGAAAGUGAAGUGAGACAGGGAUGGCGGAGGAAGAAGAGCGCGGACCCGGUUCGGUCUUUCAGAUGUUUGUGCUGAUGGAGGAUCUGCUGGAUAAACUCAAGGUUCUGGAUUAUGAACAGCAUGUUCUGGAUAAACACAACAUCAAACCCCUUUCCAGGCAUUAUUUUGUCUCUAGCCCUCAUGUGUUGUCAAAUCCUGGAGAGCAGUUCUAUAUGUUCAGUGUGAUUGCUGCCUGGUUGAUUUCUCUGUGCGGGCGGCCGUUUGACACACCGCAAGAGUAUGAUGACCCCAACGCCACCGUCUCCAACAUCCUGUCUGAGCUGCGUGCCCUGGGAGGCCAGGUUGAUUUCCCCCCAUCAAAGCUGAAGUCUGGGUCUGGAGAGCAUGUCGUUUAUGUUCUAGAUCAGCUGGUAGAAAAGGCGCUAAAGAGUAAAGGAUUCACCUGGGACAGGCCGAUGUACCCGUCUGUGGAGGUGGAAGACGAGUGUGUGCAGGAAGAUGAUGCUGAGCUCACACUCAGUAAAGUUGAGGAAGAAAUGACACAGGAGGAUGAGGAGUAUGAGGAAGAGGAUGGCCUUGAUUUAGACACGUUGAAGACCAGAACCAAUCAGAUUGAACUCAGCGGAUCGAGGCCUGCGGUGGUUCUGGAGUCAGAUGUUGAUGCCGCUGAGUGGAAUCUGGAGGUGGAGCGAGUUCUUCCACAACUAAAAGUCACCAUUCGAACCGAUAACAAGGAUUGGAGGAUUCAUCUUGAUCAAAUGCAUCAACAUCAAGAAGGCAUCAACACAUCCUUGCAAGACGCCAAGGGGUGUCUGUUUAAAUUGAGGGAGGACAUCAGUAAAACACUGGAGAAAGUGAGCAGUCGUGAGAAAUAUCUCAACACUCAGCUUGAGCAUCUUAUUUCGGAAUACCGCCAGGCACAAGCACAGCUAAACAAGGUAAAGGAGCUUUAUCAGCAAGCCAGUGGAGGCGUCACAGAGAGAACCAGGAUUCUGGCUGAAAUCAGCGAAGAGCUAGAAAAAGUCAAACAGGAAAUGGAAGAGAAAGGCAGCAGCAUGUCUGAUGGAGCUCCAGUGGUGAAGAUCCGUCAGAGUCUGACCAAGCUGAAGCAGGAGCUUGAGCAGAUGGAUGUUCGGAUGGGAGUGGUGGAGCACACGUUACUGCAAGCCAAACUCAGAGAGAAAAACAACAUGACCAGAGACAUGCAUGCGACACACCUCUUAGAACCCAACACACAACCCUACUGAGUCCCACACUCUGGUGAUGUUGGAUGUGUUGGUUAUAUUUCAUAUUUUGUGUUUAAAUAUGUUUUAAGUGUAAAUAACAAAAUAUCUAGUAUUGAACAAUAAAGUAUAUAUACUCACUAC